AUGUUCUGGGGCAUCGGGAUUGGCUUCGUGUUGCUCUACCUCUGUGGCUAUGCCACGUACAAUUUAUUUAUGCACCCAUUGAGUGCAUACCCUGGCCCUCUCUUUAUGCGAGUUAGCAGGCUGGGUUAUUCUUACAAGUCAAUCAUGGGAACAUUGACGUUUGACAUGCUCGAGCUUCACGAGAGAUAUGGCGAUGUUGUUCGCAUCGCCCCAAACGAGCUCGCCUUUUCUCACCCUCAGGCCUGGAAAGACAUCAUGGGUCAUCAUCACGGGUCCCGUGUCGAAAUGGAAAAGUACGAUCACUUCUACCGACCUGUCUCAUUUGGACCUGUAGAUGUUGUCAGUGCGAACCGGGAAGAGCAUUCUCGCCUCCGCCGGUUGAUGUCUCAUGGUUUUAGCGAUCGAAGCAUGCAGGCCCAGCAGCCAAUCAUCAACCAAUACAUCGACUUGUUCAUCCAACGAAUACAUGAACACUGCUUUGGCAGUGAGAAACCAGUGGAUCUUGCGGCCUGGUUCAACUUUACGACAUUUGACAUUAUCGGUGACUUGGCGUUUGGCGAACCUUUUGGCUGUCUUAAGAAGUCCGACUACCAUCCAUGGGUGAAAACUAUAUUUGAAAUGGCCCGCGCUGGGACAGUCCUGCAGGCCACUAGCCACUGGUCGUCGUUGCAAAAGCUGAUGCUGAUGAUGGUCCCCAGAAGCAUGAUGGAUGAGCAUCGCAAACACGCUGAAAUGGCAAAAUUGAAACUAUCCAAGAGACUCGCAAGAGAGUCGGAGCGUUCGGACCUGGUGGAUGGUCUACUGAAAGAGGUCAAUGGAAAGAGUAUUACAUUGCAAGAAGUGCAAGCAAACGCGAGUGUCCUCGUCAUCGCCGGGUCGGAAACUACAGCCACACUGUUAUCGGGGGUGACAUUCCUUCUUCUAGUAAAUCCAGAUGCGCUGAAAACCUUGACGAACGAGGUAAGAGAUGCAUUUCAAGCAGAGGGAGAGAUUAGUCACGAGACAGUGACCAAGCUGCCUUACCUGAUGGCUUGCUUGAACGAGGCGCUGCGGCUCUAUCCUCCGGUGCCACUUGGUCUCCCUAGAGUUGUGCCCCAGGGUGGUGCCCUGAUAUGUGGUCGGCACGUUCCAGAAUCGUCCGUCGUUUCCAUACACCAGUACGCAAUUUAUCAUAGAGAGAAGUACUGGACAGAUCCCUUUGGAUUUCAUCCCGAGCGGUUCCUCGACGUAAAAGGCUUUGAGAAUGACGACCGCGCCACUUUCCAGCCUUUUCACCUUGGAUCUCGAGGCUGUUUGGGUCGAAAUCUUGCCUAUUUGGAGUCACGGCUCGUGCUGGCACGAUUACUUUGGAAUUUUGACCUUCGCAUCGCUGAACACAGCCGAGAAUGGCUGAAUCAACAAAAAGUCUUCAACUUGUGGAAUAAGGGUCCUCUAGAUGUGUUCUUGACGCCUGUUGGACGUUGA